UAGUUUCGUGGUAGCAGGCAAAGGGUCGCCUGUUCGCUAUCAUUCGGUCACCAGUGCUGUGCGUACAGCUCACCGCGGAGUACAUGCGCUCGUACAACAUCCAAACGUAUUCUAGUUUCGCUAAUUGAACAAACAUGUCAGUUUAUUUACAGUGACGUUAUGUGAACCUUUGAAUGUAUAAUCGAUGGAAAAUUGCCAUUAAUUUGUAAACAGGUGAUUAAAACGUAAAAUUUAUUAGCUGACUUAAAAAUAUGCACAAUAAUGUCUGUUCUUAUGCAUUUGGGACUACAGUAUUUAAGUAUUGUUCCAAAGUGUUGAAUGAAUAACAGAUAAUAUAUAGGAGGUAGUUUGUGAUUAAAAUAAAUGUUAGAACAACACAUUUUCACAAAAUGUAUGAACGGUGGAAAUGCAUCCUUCACACAGAAUUUCCAGACUAUUGAUAGAAGGGAAAAACUUAACUACCAUGAGUUAUUAAUAUCUUGACAGUGAAGUGACACCAUAAUCAUGGAUUCUAAUAUACAUUCAGUGUAGUGACGGAUUUGUGUAAUGAAAAUGGAGGGUGCUAUUCUCAGCACCGCAAGCAACAACAGAUUCCGUACACAUUUGAAGAAUGCUGCAAAUGCGUUUUGUGCCAGAACACUACCUAAGCAACGUCGCACUGAGUCUGUCUCAGCAAGUACCGCACGGCACCACACAUACCCUAGGGUCACGCCGCCAAAGCGGGCACCGAUAUCCUGUCGGAAGGACACUCAAAUGUGCGAACCUCAUGCCUACGAUGCAUCAGAUACCAAAGAUGUUGCAGAAGUACCAAAAAGCGCCAAAGGUACUAUCAAAGGAUCUUUCUCGAGUAUCUCUUGCUCCAGGGAGUUGGCGAAUGCCUGGGGGUGUCGCGUGGGCCCGCCCGAUCAGCCCGCGCCCGCCGACCGAGUCCAAAACCUCUUCAACGACAUCGAACUAUACCCAACUAAAACCCAGGUGUUCGAAAUGUUGGUGUGUGCGCGGCAGUGCACGCGACGCAAGUCUCUCACCCUCACUUUUGGUGAAUUUUGCAUCUUUGCCACAGAGCUACGUCGGUGCUCCAGGCAGGCCCGACAGGCGCCUAACAAACCAGAGUCACCUGUAUGGAAUGUGGAGAAGGAUCUCAGGGAGAAAGACAACAUUUGCAGGCCUAUAAACGGUAGCGAGGCGUCGCCGCCGCCAUGCGAGGUGUUCCUGGGUGGUUCCUGCAACCCCACCACGUGGAGGUCCGACAUAGCCAUUCCAAUGCUCAAGACGAUGGGAAUCACCUACUUUAAUCCGCAAGUGGACGAUUGGUCUAUGGAACUAGUGGAAGUGGAGCACCAGGCCAAGGCGAAAGCGAGGGCGCUUCUAUUCGUGCUGGACAGCGAAACACGGGCGGUGGCUGCCGGCGUAGAGGUGGCGCAUCUAGCCGCCGCGCCCAAGGAUCUGUUGCUCGUGUUAAAGCCCUAUUCCAGGCACCAGACAAUUGGCAACGAGACCAUCAGCGAUCACGAGUACGUAGAGUUGUCGCGGGCUCGGGCAACGUUACAAGAGACUGUAGAGCGGAGAGGGUUACCAGUCUUCACUGACAUUCCUGCGGCGUUGAGAUGUGCGCGAGCCGUUCUACGCGGCGCCAGGACGCACCCUAGACAAUCCUUAGGACACACAAUAUUACGGUUGAAGAGGGUGUACGAUGCGGCUGGCGGCAGAAAUGGCCGGCUUUCUCGCUCCAAAGCCAUCGAUGCCCUGAGAGAUAUGACGAACUCGACGCAAGACGUGGAUCGAUGUCUACCCCCCUCUGCCAAUUACGUAGACUUUGAAUUGUUCUGUGCGGCCGUUGCAGAACUCGCGACGGAUGCUGGGCUGGCGCGGUCUCCGCGGCGCAGUGCGGGGCGCGGCAGUGUGACGUCACGGAUGCUCCGCGUGUUCCGCUCUCUCCGCGAAUUAAUCUCUCCGUCCGCUUCUGGUCAUAAUCGUAGUGAGGUGGAAGCAGGCGCAGACGCAGGAGCGGGGAGCGGGGCUGCGGCCGGCGGUGGAGGGGAGAGGAAAAGUGGGGGUGUAAGAGUGGAUGCGCAGCCAAAUGGUGUCCACUUCAAUAAUGCCAGGCUCAAGGAGUACGGCCGGAAACUUGGCCUUUUUAUUCCUAAGAAUGGCGGCACCAGGGUAACUGAAGACGGUGCGACUUCAGGGAGUAGUGGGGAUUCCGUGUUUACUCCGGGCACGGAAGGCAGGCUGGAGCGCUUGCCUGCCAUGCUUGGAGCACCCACGCAAGACGUCUACCUGGGAGGCACCUUCCCCGCUAACGGUACGCGUCCAGAGGAGGCACUAAGGCGGGAGGGCAUCACCUACGUCAUUCCGCGCGUGAACGACUACACGCGCAUGUUCUCGGCGCCCGCGCGGCGAUCCGCGCCCGCGCACCCCGAGUCCCCGCGGCGGGACAAGAAGCCGCGGCCCUCGCCGCCCGCGCCCGACGUGCGGCUGCGCGAGCGCUCGCCCGCCGCCGACAGCUCCGCCCGGCUCAGCGCCUCCGACUUCUACACGGUCACGGAGGACGUCACCCCGCAGCCGUUCAAAGGUACAUAUGACGAAGACUUACUGCUGGGUUCGCGCGUGUUAGUGUUCUCAAUGAGCGCCGAGGCGCCGUGUUUCGCGGCCAUGGUACUGGCGGCGCACUACGUAGGCCUCUGUCCGCAUGCAACUGUACUCCUGGUGCAGCACAUGGAUCCCACCAAGGUGACCAAUUAUAGUGAAUCUGCGGUGAAGGACUACAACCGCGGGCGGCACUAUCUCGUCGACCUCGCCCAACGCGCCGGCGUGCCCGUGUUCGACAACGUGGACGACACCGUGGUGCACAUCGCCAGCAAACUGCGCCACACGUAGCGACCACUCCUAUAUUUACCAUUAAGUAAUCCCAUUGAAAGAAUUUACAAACUUCACAUCCCGUUAUUUGAUAGCAAUGGUCAAUUUUAGUCAAUGUAAUACAAGUUCCAAUAUGAAUCUCAUGCGACCGCGAUAACUAGAUCCGUGUCGCAAGGAGCACCUUCAUCACAUCAAUAAAGACAUCACAAACCCAUCAACAGACUGCUAAUGGUUAGCGGUAGAGUCUCACGCGUGUACUUAUUGUUUUUAAGACGUUUGGUUUAGUACAAAAAUGUCUCUCUUUUAUUUCGUCACUCUCUAUUGUAUUAUAAUAGAUUGUAAAAUAUACUUUGCACUAAUUUUAAUGUUAGGAUGCCUGAGCGAGUAUGGAUGGUGAUAUUAUAGCAAGGAAGUCGUGACCGAUUUACAAAUCUCUGUGAUGAAUUUGUUUAGGACAACUUUUAUUGAAUUAAUCAAUGCAUCUAGUUAUUAAUUGUUAUAGUAAUUACGAAGGCAAGUUCGGAUGGCGAGUGGUAUUGUACCAUUUUGUGUCUACAUGUCUAAUGCAAUCGACUAGGACGAUUCGUAAACACGGACAGAGAUAAAAUAUAUGAAAUCACGAUCCCUGUGAGAUUUUAUUCGAUAUAAUGACGCUUGUACAUUUUCUUAGUGUAGAUCGUGUGGUGUAUUUGUUUCCGGUUUAUGAAGUAUAUAACCUUGUGCUCGAAGUGUUACUGUAGGAUUAAACAAGCGUCAUGAUUCAUCACCUACUACGUCGGUACAUUUGUGUGUCUGUACUUGGCAUAAAAACCUACACCUACUAAAUAAAAUAAUAAAUCUUUAUUGAAACGUGAAAAACUAAGACUUGCGAUCAUUUCUAUACAUUUAAAUAAAUUAUUUCUUACAUUGUCACCUAGUGUCACUAUACUCCAAUUCACCAAAAAUGUACCUAUUAAGAUUGAUUAUUAUUGUAGGUAACACCUAUAUUGGACGGUAAGCCAAUUACAGACAUAUGUAUGUACAAUUGCAAGUUUAGCAUGUACCAAGAGUACAGUACAGUGGGUCGCCAUUUUCUCUCAAAUUAGAUCUUAAUUUAGAAUACUGGCGUAGUGUUUGGAUUGAACUAAAGCUUUUAAUCACAGACCAUAAAAGUACAACAUGCCUUGCUCAUGUAGCCGAUUUAAGGUUUUUAUGUACUAUAAUGUAACGCGAAUUCACCACAUAAUUAUACUCAUUUUUAUUAUAGUUGUAAUGAAAUUAUACUUUCAAAAAUAUAUAUAUGAAAAAUAUUUAACGUUUUAAUACUUACCAUAAUAAAAUGGGGUUCUAAAGACACGGUACCUACACUAGGUAUAGCAUAGGUAAAAUUUAGAUAAUUUAGGUUUUAAUAACGAUUGACCCACUGUCGCUAAAACUUAUACUAUUUUUUAUUUAAUUCAGCAAAUUUUAUUUGCUAGUCACACUAGCUAUUAACAUUUAUCUAAGUACUUUGUAAUUGUUUGAUAGUACAAAUAUCUAAUUUAUAGAAAAAAUAUUUCGUAUAUAAAUUGUAUUUUAUGCCAUGUACGCUUAUUUUAAACGAGAAACUUCACAUAUGUAAAUAGAAAAAUUGUAAUUAUUUAAGGGUUUCAUUAUUUCCUAGCAGACAAUUGUGAUAAAGAUACAAUUCAGAAAAACAAAGUGCAGCUGCUUUGUCGCCUGAAACUUCAAUUGAAACAAAGAGUGAACUGGUAGUACUAAUGUGAAAUGCAAAUAAAAUACUUA